AUGCCCCGUCAGCAGUUCCCGCGAGGUCCUGCACCUUUAAAUCAAGGAUUCCAACCAAGAAAUUUGAAUGCAGGUAUAUGCUUAUUAUAGUUAAAUAUACAUACAAAAUAUUAUACUUAAAUAUACAAAAAUUUAAUGUCUAAAUUGUUUUUGUUAAUAUUUUGUUUUUUAUUAUUUUUGUAAAUUAAAUAAGAAAUAGUUUUAAAUACCUAUAUGUAGAUUUUUAAACUUUUAUUUAGCAUUAUUUUUAUAACAAAAAUUAUUAUUUACAUCUUAAUUUUAUACCAUUAUAUAAUACAUAAUAUAUCAUACUAUAUUAUUUUAUGUGUGCAUACAUAUACAUAUAUUUAUAGAUCAUACUUUUUAACAUUGUUUACCUGUAGGUAAUGCAAACAAUAACAUUCGUGCACCACGUCCAGUAUGGCACAGAGCUGCAGAACCUCCUGUGUUAGGAGUAAGAUAUAACCCCUUAUACAUUUUAAUUAAAUUUUAUUAAUAUUUAUCAAUUUAUUUUUUUAGUUAGCAGCUAGAGUUUCAGGUAUCUAUAUUCUUUUAUAUUUAAAACUUAGAAAUACUAUAAAAUAUUAUAAAUAUUAUAUUAGAUUUUAAGCAUUGUAAAUAAUAUUUUACUUGCUUUUUAUUUAUUUAAAUUCUCUCUUAAAAAUUAAUAAAACCAAUUUUUACCAGAUAUGUUACGCCCAACUCCUUCAAUUAGACCACCAAUUCUACCAUAUCGUGCAGCUGUAAGAAAUAAAUUAAAUUAAAAUUAAUAUAUAUAUUAUGUAUAGGUCUAUAUACUGUUUUGUUUUAUUAGGUUCGAGCAGUGCCUGUUCCAAAAACUAUUGCUAGAGAAAAUAUUGAAAAGGCUCAAGGUACCUAUCUAAAUUUUACUUAAAUAAUUAUUAUAUUAUAUUGUAUAAUAUCAGUAACUAAAUAUUUCUUCUAAAUCUAUUUUAAUAAUUUUCUUCAUAUUAUCAAAUUCUUUGCUCAUAAUAUUUUUAAUUUUUCUACACAUCCAGUACUUUUUAUAUAUUCAAUAGUUUCCUCUAAAAUUAUAACUUUUUGUAGUUUUGUUUUGUUUGCUUUAAAAUAAAUUCUGACUGAUUAUAUAUUAAAUUAUAUUUAUUAGUUUUAGGUCAUCUUUUACAGCCAUAGUAAGUACAACUUUAUCUGUUUGUGACAUAUGCUUAUUUGGUUAUGCUUUCAUUGUCACAAUCACUGUUCUCUGUGAUGCAACCUAUACAAAACUUCUAAUAAAUUUUUAGUAAAGUUCACUCUGUAUUGACUGUCUUUUAAAUUUUUUUUUUUUUUAAAAAUUUAGAAGUAAUACCAGUUCCAAUAGGACGUGGAUCAAUUCGUGGACGUAGAAUUAUAGAUACCCAAGAGCUAUUUAAAGCAGCAAGACCAGAAUCUUCAUUAGGAGCUACAGGAAAACAAGGUACACAGUCAUUACAAUAUUUUUAUUUCCUAAUAAUCUUCAAAAUUCAGUGGUGUGUACCUAAAAAAAAUUACCCACCCACCCAUAUUUAAGAUGUUACUUGAGCAACACUAGGACCCUAAGUUACAUGUCAUUGUCAAAUUAAUAAUUUUAUAGGAAUUAUUAGUGUGUAUCACUAAUAAUACUAUUAUAAUACUUAUAUUAUUCAUAGUAGUAUGGAUAAAAAACACAAUUAACAGGUGGUCAAAUAAAUCAAUAUUUAAAUUUAUGUAUCCAUUUGUUUUAAUAAAAAAUAAGAAAAAAAAAAUCUAAUGAAAUAUAUUUUACCAUUAUUAAAAUGUAUAUUUAUUUUUUUAGGGAAUACUGGUAAAAAGAUUUCUUUAGUGUCAAAUUAUUUUCCUAUCACUGCCUAUGCACAAUGGUCUUUGUAUCAGUACAGAGUAGAUUUUAAUCCUGAGGAAGAUUUGAUUGGCACUAAAAAAAGAUUGUUAGGUCAGCAUCGAGAACGACUUGGUGGUUAUAUAUUCGAUGGUACUAUGCUUUUUACUGGUACUAGAUUUGAUCCGGAAGUAAGUAAUCAGAAAUUAUUUACAACAGAUACACUGUUUAGGCAUUGUACAUCGUCUUUGAAAAAUUAUCAAAGUAUUGUAAACAUAUUAUGUUUAAUUAUUAAUGAAAAUGUUUAUCCUGUAUAAUAUUAUUUAACUUGAUUUGUUAAAUAAUAUAUAAUAUCUAAAUAUUUAUUUCUAGAAUUUUGAGUUGAUAUCAAAAUAUUCUACAGAUGAGGAAAAAAUGGUAGUUAUAUCAGUAAAAUACACUUCUAUAAUUGAAUCUGGAGAUUAUGCAUACAUCCAAGUUUUUAACUUGCUUUUACGUAAUUGCAUGAGACACUUAGACCUGAAAAUGAUAGGAAGAAACUUCUAUGAUCCAGUGGCCAAAGUAAAAUUCAUUAGUUAUUAUUUUCCUUAAAUAAUUUUCAAAACCUCUUUUCUUAUUGACUUUUAGAUUGAUUUGCCCAAUCACAAAUUACAACUCUGGCCAGGUUAUGAAGCAUCAAUAGGAAUGUAUGAGAAAGAUAUUUUACUGUGCGCUGAAAUAUCCACCAAGGUCAUGCGUCAAGAAACUGUUUUGGAUUUUUUAAAUACCUGUGCUAAUGAUAGACAAAGAAACAAAGACUGGAUGGUAUUAGUUAUUAAAUAUAUUGUUAUUAAAAACAUUUUCAUGUAAUAUUUUUUUAAAGAAUUAAAAAAUGAUUUUGUUUUGACUUCAAUAAAUUUUGAAUUGACUGUUGGUAAUGCUUCAAUAUAUAUAACCAAACCAUUGUUAUUUAGAUAACUUUUCAAGCUGGUGUAGUGGGAACAACUGUCAUGACUUUGUACAACAAUGAAACUUACAGGAUCGAUGAUAUUGAUGAAACUGUUAAUCCAUAUUCAGAAUUCUCUAAAAAAGAUGGCACCAAGAUGACAUAUAUUGAUUAUUAUAAAACUGUGUGUAUUAAUUAAUUUUUUUUCUAGUUUAAUUUAAUGUUGUAAUGUUUUAUAUGAUAAUUUGUAUUUUAGUAAUAUUUAAUCUAUUAAUUAAUUUCUAAGCAUAUUACUUAAUGAUACCUAAUAUUUUUUAGAAAUGGGGUAUAACGAUUCAUGGUGAUACACAACCCCUCUUGGUGUCAAAGAAUAAGAAAUCUAUUCGUCGGUUUGGACUGGAAGAAACAUUAAUCUAUCUUGUACCUGAAUUAUGCCUAAUGACAGGACUUACUGAUGCUAUGAGGUAACUUUAUGAAUAAUAAGAACUUAUAAAGUAUUGAUUAAAUGAAUUAUUAUUAUUUUCUUAAAUUUCAUGUAAACUUUUAAAUUGCAGAAAUAAUUUUAACUUGAUGAAAGAUAUGGCUAUACAUACACGAAUAUCGCCUUCAGAACGAAUGAGCAGAUUGACAAAUUUUGCUAACAGACUACUUUCGAAAGAUGAGGUAAUUAAUUUUUAGUCACUUUUUAUAUGGUUGUAUCAUAGUUGUAUACAGACUUUAUUCAUGGGAUAUUGGACCCUUCUCAAAAUUAUACCUAUAAUUUAAAAAAAAUUACACUAAGUUUAAUUAGUUAGAUCAUAUAAUGUAUUGUAGUUAAAACUAAUUAAUUGCAAAUGUAAAAAUAACCUAAGAUUAUGAUAUUUAUUGAUCAAUUUUGCACCUCAAAAUGAAGUUAAAGUUUUUGUAGCGGGAAACUGGGAAUGUAAAAAAACCAAGUACAUAAUUUGUCAUUUGAAACCAGUCAGGUAAUUUAUUUAUAAUACUAAAUAAUAUCAAUAUGUAUGGUAUUGUAGAUAGAUAAGUGAUAAUGUCCAAAUGUACUUUUUUAUUAUAAUUAAUAUUAUUUGAAAUCUAAUGUAAAAUAUGAAUACAAUUAUAUUCAUAAAUUGAUACAUACAUUAAAUGUUGACCAGUUCUUUGAUUAUUUAACUUGGAUAUUUGUAAUUUGUUCGAGUAUAUUUUUGUUUUUAAAUUAUUAAAUAUUUGUAUGUUUUCUUAUUUCCAACUAUCUAGUAUACAAAAUAUUAAUUAGAAUAUAUUUUUGGAUUAUUUAUUUUUAAAUAAAAAAAAUAUAUAUAUAUUAAGUAUAACUUUAUUUUGACUUUUAAAAAAUGGGCAAAUUUUCUGUUAUUAAUUAAAUAUAAAAUAUUAAUUUUGAAAGUCAUUAUUUUAGUUUUUUUUUUAACAAUAUUUUUUAAAAUAUAAUGAAAAAAUAUAAAAUAUUUCAAACAAGUAUACAAAUUUGUGUAGUAUAGAUUAUAAAAUCUAUUUAUAAAAUUGUCCUGUGAUUUUAAUCACUCAAUGAUUAAACAUUUAUUUUAUUUUAUUUCUAUACAGAUUUAUAAUUUAAUAGGUUUAAUUUCACAACUAAUAUUAAUAUGAUAGUGUAUUUUUUUUACACAAUCUUUGUAAUAAAUUAAUAAUCAUAAUGUUUUGAAAUGUUUGUUUAGUCUGUAGCUGAGUUGCAAAAGUGGAAUUUAACAUUAAAAAAUGGUCUGAUUGAUGUCCCUGGGCGAGUUUUAGCGCCAGAAUCUAUAAAACUUAGCAAUAGAACUUUUGAUGGAGGUCCUGAAGCUAAUUGGACAAAACACCUACGAUGUGCAUCAAUGUUUACUUGUCCAAUCAUACAACAUUGGGUAAUUUUAAGUCCUAAUGAUUAUGUUAGUGGUCUACAAACAUUUAUUCAUUCCCUUCAAAAGGCAUCAAAAGGAAUGAGUUUUAUGUUACCCAAUCCAAUUAUGUAAAUCUAAUUUCUAAUAUUAUUAUUAUUAUUAUAUACUGUAUAUUAUGAUUUAAGAUUUUUAUUAAUUUUAGUGUUCCCAUGCAAGAUUCUAGAUCAAUAUCUUACCUUAAACAACUUGAGAUAACAAUUAACGAAAGAAAUCCUUCUAUGAUUUUGUGCAUUAUUCCGUCUCCUCGAGGUGAUCUAUACAGUUUGAUUAAGCGCAAGUUAUGCAUAGAUAGGGCAGGUAAAUAUAUUAUAAUCAAAUCAAAGUUUUGAAAUUUUAAAUAAAAACACUCAAUAGUUUUUUUUUUUUUAGACUUAUUAAGUAAAUUGUCUGAUGCUUUGGAUUUUUAUUCUAUCUAUGAACAUUUUAAAGCAUUGCUUAUCAUUUUUCAGCUUUGAUUAAACAAAUUAAUAUAAUAUUUAUUUAUUUAUUAUAUCUUUAUUGAAUUUAUAAUAUAACAUCCUGAAAUUUAUUUAAAUAUUGAUAUGUAUAAUGUAUUUUUUCAGUUCCAUCACAAGUAGUUUUGGGUAAAAACAUACAAAAGCCCAAUUUGUCAGUGUGUACUAAGAUUGCCAUUCAAGUGAACUGCAAAAUUGGAGGAGCACCAUGGCUCAUUAAUAUUCCUAAAAAAGUAGAACUUAAUAGUAUUAUACCGUGCAUACUAUUUUAAUUUAAUAUUUUCUCCUGUUAUAAAUUUUUUAUUUUAUUUAUUUUAGGGAAUGAUGAUUGUUGGUUAUGAUGUGUGUCAUGACAGUCAACGCAAAAACAUAUCAUAUGGGGCAUUGGUUGCGACAAUGGGGGACACACAUACCAGUUAUUUUAGCUGUGUUGAACAUCAUGAAAGUGGUGAAGACCUUUCAGGGCAUUUUGCGGCUGGGAUUAGUAGUAAGUAGAUUCGUUUUUAGAUUUUGAUCAAAGUAAGGAAUAUUUUAAUUUACAAUGAUGUUUAUUAUUAUUAUUUUUUUUUUUUUUUGUGAAUAAUUUUUCUACCAAAAAUUUUGCUCUGAUUUUCAAAUGUAGCACUUUUCUGAAAAGAAAUUUGAUUAGGAUGGUACUUAAGAGAGGUCAAUUUUGAUUAUCUUGGUAGUUAUUUUAAUAAAUGGGAAAAAACAUAGGAAAAAUAAUAAAAUGUACAAAAUAUAUUAUUUUCAAAUCGUAAAUAUUGCAGCCUUUCAAAGCAUUUAUAACCAACUCUGCUCAGAAUUAUUUUUUGUUUAAAUUUUCUCAUUAUUUUGUUCAGUUAAACAAGUGGAAGUCAAUUUAUCAUAAAUCAUUAUGCCACUAUCAAUUAUUGAUUUCACCAAUGCAAAAUUAACUUUACAUAGUUUUUGUAAUUCUAGAACUUUGUUUGGAUUCUGUAAUAUCUAUAAUAUCAUUUUUCUAAGUUCCUCUUUUUAUUAAUAGAUCAAUUUGCUUUUUAUAUUUCACAACUACUGGUUUCAAUAACUAAAUAUUUAAAAUUAUAUUCUUUUUUAUUGAUUUGCUGCAUUAAUAAUUGUUUAAAUUUGUACAGUGAUUUUUAUCUUUUUUUUCUGUGGACAACUUUUCUACCAGCAAUUUUGCUCAGAUUUAUAAUGAAAACACUUUUUUUUGUAAAUGAAAUCUGACUGGGGUGAUAUUUAAAGGAGUUCAUUUUUUGAUUUCCUGUGAAUUUUCCCAAGAAAUGGAAAAAAAAAAUUCGAAAAAGUAUGGGAAAACCAGAAAAAUAGGUCCAAAUUAGUAUUAAAGAAAAUAUACAUUGCAUAUUAUUUUCUAAUAAUAUAGCAUAUACAGUAGAACCUCUAUUUAACAAACUUGAUGGUUCUUUAAACCAGCUAUGUUUGCUUUAAUGGUUAUUGAUUAGUGUAUAAAUAGUUAUUAUUGUAUUUAUACCUAUGUAUAAUGUAUACAUAUUAAUUAGUUUUUACACAGAAAUAAGUUUUCAUUUUUCGAAACCAUCAAAAAUAUUACUGUUAUAUUAGGAUUUAUGUUGAUACAUAAGUGGACAAUGGAUAUAUUAUCACUUUUGUAAUAUCUCAUUGGAAAAAAAUGAAAUUGAUGUUUUUAUUUCUGUUUCUGGGUAAUAAAUUAUAUUAAAGCGUGAGGAAAACAUUGGUUUAUCUAAAUUGAAGAAUAAAUAACUACCUUCCCAACUUUUCAUCUACAACAGUGGUUCAUCUAUUGUGCAAAGUAUUUCGGUGUUUUUUUAAAUUCAUAUAAAAAUAAUUCUGUGCCAUUGUUGAGAAUUCUAUAACGUGUAUAAAUUAAAAAACUAACAUUUUAUUUUUUACCUGUAUUCGCAUAACAGAAUAAGAUUGUGUUUACAGUUCUAAAGUGAACAUUAUAGUCAAUUAAACAAACAAUUGUACAAUAUAGAAAUUAUUUUCAAAAAGCAAAUCCCAAUGGGAGAGAUGGGCUAUCCUAUCUAUAAUUAGUACAAAUAAGUGCAUUCAAAAUUGAGUAUAUUGUAACAAUUUCGAAAUGGUCUUCUCUCAAUAAGAUGAGUCAUUUUUAAAAUUGAUUACAGUGAGUCAGAUGUUUUCAUUCACUAUUAAAGUAAAAUAUUGUGCUCUUUUUUCCAUCAUAAAAUAUUGGUUUAUAUGUGUACAUUAAAAACAAAUAGGAAGUCAAUUUUUUUAAAAAACUAAAGUAAACCCUUUUCGAAAUGUUCAAUUUGAUUAUAUUUUAACUUUGAUAUUUUAGAAGCACUAAUGAAAUAUAGGAACAAAAACGGACAAUUACCUACAUCGGUUGUAGUCUACAGAGAUGGUGUUGGGGAUGGGCAAAUUUCUCACGUACAAAACAUUGAAGUUAAACUUAUGAAGGUUUGUGUAUAUUUGAUUAAUUUUUUAUUAACUAUCAAAAAAAAAAAAUAUUGUUUUGCAGAAUGCUUUUGAAACGUUCUACGGCCCUGGUUCUGUACCAUUCGCAUUUGUUUUAGUUACAAAACGUAUAAGUACCAGAUUCAUUAGCCAUUCUAAACAAGGACUUUUUCCACCCCAAAAUCCACCUCCUGGUACAAUUGUUGAUAGUGUCGUAACAGAUCCCAAGAAGUAAGUACUGAUUUAUAUAAUAAUUAAAAAUUAAAUAAUUUGCGAGUUCAUUUUGAUGCUUUUAAAGGUAAGGUAUUAAUGGUAAAUGUAUUUUAAUAAAAUUAAAUUAAAAACUCCUUCAUAUCAAAACUGAUUUUAAUAUUAAACAAAGAUUAAUUAAAAAUUAGUUAAUUUGUCUAGAUACCUUAAUAUAAGAUUUUCAUCUUGUAUAACAAUUUAAAUUUUGUUGUUUCUUCAUAUUUAGUUUUCUUUUUGAUCAUGUAAUUGAAUGUUUCCUACUUUAAUGGUUUUUAGGAAUAUAAAACAAACAUUUUUCUUUCUAUGUAAUCUUAAAACUAGUCUUGUAUGUACAACACUAGGUAUAUAUUUAUGUAUUAUAGGUUUCAUUAAUAUAUUCAAUGUACCAAUGCAAUUAUUAAUAAUUUUCAUAUUUCAUAAAUAUAAUAAAAUAAUUUCAAACUUAAAACUGCAUGUAAUAACCUAACUAAUAUAAUAUUAUUAUGUGUUUUAACCAAUGUUAUAUUCUUGCAGAUAUGAUUUCUUCUUGGUGUCACAACAUGUGACUGUAACUCCAACACAUUAUAAUGUAAUUGAAGACACUCUAAAACUGCCACCUGAUAUAAUGCAAAGGCUUACGUAUAAAUUAACUCACAUGUAUUACAAUUGGUCGGUUAGUAAAUGAUUAGAUGUUUUACUUUUCAUGACUUAAAUAGUUUACAUAUUUAUUUUGUUGUUAAAUUUAUUUUAUUUAGGGUACUGUAAGAGUUCCAGCCCCUUGUCAGCUGGCACACAAGCUCGCAUUUCUCACUUCAACAGCUCUAAAAAGUUCUCCUAACUCUGCACUGGACGAACUUUUAUACUUUUUGUAAUCAAUUUUUAUUUAAAUUAUUGUAAAUUUUACCAUUUGAUCCCAAGUUUAUAUCAUUAUUGUUUAUUUCAUGUGCCAUUCAAUUUUAGGUAAAUUUAAAAAAAAAAAAAUUAUUUUUUUUCUUACUUUUGUUCAAAAAGUAAAAGAUUGUAUACAAUUUUUGACACACAAAUUAAUAUUUCUAACAUCAAUAGCGCUAAAAAGUAUAUCAACUUUUAUACUCUUUGUAUUCCCAACUCCCUUUUUAUUUAAUCCAUUUAAAAUUAAGAAUUUGAUUACCAAUAUACCAGAUUAUAUUAUUAUUGUGUAUUUCAUUUUAAAUCGAAC